GGUUACCUUAAAUGUGACACCGAUGACGGCUGUGACCCCAAAGAACAGGAGGAGGGUGGAGGAGAAGAGCUGUUUGAUACAGUACAUUCCUCCAUAGUGUCUGGAGAGAGCAUUCGAUUCUUUGUCAACGUCAACCUAGAAGGACCACAGAGUACCACAGAAAAUGAGAGCGCUGGCUGCGUAUUACUGCACACAUCACGAAAGUAUCUAAAAUUAAAGAACUUUGAGGAGGAGGUGAGAGCCCACCGGGAUCUGGAUGGAUUCCUUGCCAAAGCCAGCAUUAUCUUGGAUGAGACGGCGACCUCUCUGGACGACGUCCUGCGGGAGAUGCUCAAGCACUUUGUGGAAGACCCGGAGAACGCGGAGCCCAGCUGUAACUUUGAUAAAAUCAUGAGCACUUUAUUCACAGACUCCGAGGCCCCAAGGGAAGGCAACGUUCACCUCCUUUCGGAUACCAUUCAAGGGGGUCACCGCCACAGCGACCGGGGUUCAGUACCAGCAGUCAUGGCUCUGUAUAAUUUGCACUAUAAAGUCACUUCAGCGACGACAUGUCUGUAUCAGCCGGCUGGAGAGGCCGCAGAACUGGGGGGAAAAUUCUUGCGAAGUGCGGUUUGUCAUCCUUGUUCUGGCUCCUCCCAAAAUGAAAAGUACCAAAACUGCGACAGAAGUUGGACGGACGUUUGCCACAAUGUUUUCGGACAUCGCAUUCAGGCAAAAGCUCUUAGAAACGAAAACUGAAGAGGAGUUUAAGGAGGCACUAGUCCACCAGAGACACCUCUUGACUGUAGUGAACAGGCAUUCGGCAGUAAUGAUGGCCACAAAGUCCACAGCCACAAACCAUUAAAGGAUUUACUACUGUUCCCAAGCACCGGGAAUCCCAGGCAGGUCUGCCACAACUCCCUCUUCCGUCUGCUGGUCUGUGUCCGAGAACCGUGGUCGGACUAUCCUUGCUAG